AUGUUGAAGAAUAUCCGUGUAGUGAAAGAAUUUCUAGAUGUCUUUCCAGAAGAGUUACCUGGUUUACCUCCAGAACAUGAGGUUGAAUUCAGAAUUGAGUUGCUUUUUGGGGCAGCACCGGUGUCUAUUGCACCCUAUCGCAUGGCACCUAAGGAGCUUAAAGAGCUCAAAGUGAAGUUGCAAGAGUUGCUAGAUCGUGCCUUCAUAAGGCCAAGUGUAUCACCUAAAGCUAAUGUUGUGGCUGAUGCUUUGAGUAGAAAAGAGAUGGGUGAGUUAAGGGCAAUGUUUGCUAGGUUGAGUUUGUUUGAGGAUAGAGGCUUUCUUACGGUAUUGCAAGUGCGACCUACUCUGUUGGAUGAGAUUAAGUUAAAGCAGUUACCAGAUACACCUCAUGUGAAACUUAUCGAGAAGGGUAAGAAUUCAGAUUUUGCCAUUAAUUCCGAGGGAUUUCUGUGCUAUCGAGGGAGAUAUUAUGUACCUUCAGAUUCAAAGUUGAGGCAGUCCAUUCUGAGGGAAGCGCAUUGUAAUCCUUAUGUUAUGCACCCUAAAGGGUGUAAGAUGUUUUGA